AUGCCAGACACAGCUGAUGGCUCUCAGCCACCAGACUCUCAAGCCCCUUCUCCUACUCUCAAUUUCACCUUUGUGCAUCAAGCUGAGGAUCUAGUUUCGUUGUCUCACAGAAGAAUCAGCAACAGGGAGCAGCGCCACGCUAUUCGCUCACAUGUCAUGCAACGCGUCCGUCAGGUGGAGUUAGCCCAGGGCAAAAAGAGGUCAACUGGGCGUACUCGUCCCAAAGAUGGGAGCCAGCAAAAGCCGCGAAGCGAGUCCACUCACUCUGAACUGUCCCUGAGCAAUGAGUCAACCGAAUACAAUGCCAAUAGCCCAGUUAUCAUUGCUGGAAGCGAUGUUUUGCGGCCGACCAACUCUCCUCUGCAGUCUCCGCGUCUCAAUAUAUCCCCAUCUGUGCAUGCAUUCGACCCAUUCGAUACUUUACCAACCAACCGAUUACCACAUCAUACCUCGGAGAGCCUGCUGCGGUAUUGCUUUGAUGUUAUGCUUCCACUGACCUUCUGUGUCGAGACGAAGCAAGCUCAUGAUAAGUUUGCGCGACAAAAAAUGGUUUUGAACAGCAAGACAUCGAACCCUGCAACGUUCCUAGGCUUCAUGGCGACGACUGCAGCCCAUAGAGCAGUCUUCUAUGGUCGACAUGAAGACCUUGCGCCAUCCAAUACCAAUCAUGAUGACCUUAUCUUCGAUCCAGACUACAUCAGAGUUAAGAAUGAAGCAAUGGUGGCCGUUCGCCGCACGUUCGACCAGCGUGCAAACGUAGAUGACCAGAUGGUUGAGGCCUGCUUCGGCCUUAUCUCGACCGCUACAGUUGUGGGCAACUUCGCUGAAGCCAGAAUACAUCUGAAAAUCCUCGAGCGGAUAACUUCACAGAUGACCCUAUCCGACGAAACGAUGAUGUGGCUACCGCUGUCGAAUGUGAAAGUCUCGGUUGGACUACUUGUGCGCCCUGUCCUCCCGCUGCUUUUCACGCGCGAACCCUUACCUGAAGAGGUUUUGUCCUGUGCUGCUCAACAUCUUGGAACUGACAUGACUCGCCUGGGACAGGAUUUCAUGCAGCUGCAGCAAAUGAGCCAGCGAUUGAAACUGCUGCUCACUACAGCCAGGGAUAUUUGCCGUCUUUGUGAAAUGCAUAGUGCGGCUUCCCGAAGCCCGUCACCAGCAGAGAACCUGAGCUUGCGGAAGAAAGCAACAGAGCUAGAAUUUGAUCUGCUAGCAUAUCCCUAUGAAACAGAUAUAUUUCCUCGAAAUAAGGACAAUGAGCCAGAAAUCCCAGCACUGGAAGGCAUCAUCCGUCUUGCAGCCCUGGGCAUGCUCUCGAUUGCUCCCCACACGAUUAUGGCUCCUACCGGGCUCGGGAGAGCUCUAACACACCACCAGAAAGGGGCGUUUGAGAAGUGGCUCCACUGGAAACGAUCCGAAGACGCACAAGAACAAAAGAUCAUCUGCUGGGUCCUCUUCGUCUUCGUGCAAAACUCGCUGGAACAACCGGAGCAGCGCUUCUUCACAGAGUUCCUGGUGCAGGUUGCUCGGGAUCUUCGUCUCCUGACCUGGGAAGAGGUCGAACAGGUCAUGUACGGGCUCCUGUAUAUGCCUCGGCUGCAGUCUUCGAUAUGGCAGGGCAUCUGGGCCGACGUUCGCAAGGUUCAGAACUCGACUCACCAGCCUCACCACGACCUCCAAUGA